UACUUACUUUACUUUAUUCUUUCAAUAUUAACCCUAUUUUUUCCCAUGAAAAAUAAGGAAUAACCAUGAAAUAGGCUAAAUGAUAAGAAGCAAGAGGGACCACUGACACCUGGGAGUUUUCCAUGGUAUCCUGGUGGGCCAGUCCGACACUGGAUGCAGCAUAUUAUUAUUAUUUGUAUACUAUUUGCCGAAGACAGUGACAAAGAGGGACAGAGUGGGAAAAGUGUAUCAGACUGAAAGUAAAACUAAACAAGUAAACAUGGAGAGUGACAAUAGAUCAACUGCAAAGUAUUUUUUCCUCCAAGGAUUAACCAACUCCCCACAAGUACAGUUUUUGUUAUUCUUCCCCAUUCUUGCUAUGUACCUCCUCACCAUGCUUGGGAAUUCUAUUAUUGUGAACAUUAUCCAUUUGGAUUUGAAACUGUACACACCUAUGUAUUUCCUUAUGGGACAUCUGGCAUUUAUUGACAUGUGCUACGUCACUGUGAUUACUCCUAAGAUGCUGGGGAAUCUUUUGCUGAAUAGCCAGCUAAUAUCAUAUAAUGGUUGCUUCACUCAACUUUUUUUCUUCAUUUCUUUUGGGCAGUCCGAGAGUUUCUUACUGGCCGUUAUGGCCUAUGACCGUUAUGCAGCCAUCUGCCAUCCUUUGCAUUAUAUGGACCUCAUAUCCAGAAGAUCCUGCCUUUGUCUCAUUGUUUUUUGCUGGAUUGCUGGAUUUCUGAACUCUGCCUUGCACACGGGUUUGGCGGCACGCUUGCCAUUUUGUUCUUCUCAUCAAAUCUCCCAUUUCUUCUGUGACAUCACACCUUUGCUGAAGUUAUCCUGUGCCAGCACAUUCAUCAAUGAGGUGGUCAUACUGGUGGCAGGGGUUUUUGUAGUUCUUACACCGUUCCUGUGUAUUCUGAUAUCUUAUGUUUUCAUUGUCAAGACUAUUAUGUCCAUCCCAUCGACCACAGGUCGGCACAAGACUUUCUCUACUUGCAGCUCACACCUGACAGUUGUAUGUAUGUUCUAUGGUACAAUUCUUCUCUUAUACAUGCUCCCGGCAUCUCUUUCCCAAGACCACAAUAAAGCAUUUGCCGUCAUAUAUACAUUAAUCACGCCAUUUUUAAACCCAUUUAUUUAUGCACUGAGAAACACAGAAAUAAGAGGAUCCUUCAAAAAAAUCUGCGCUAAUCUGCGUGCUGUAUAAUUAACAUCACAGCGAUCAGCACAAUUUCCUUUCACAGACUACAAGAAAUAAGUAAUGUGAAAUCAAUUAAACUAAAGGGGACGUGGUCCAACCUGUGAUCUGGAUGGCAGAGUUAAAGGAAAACUAUACCCCCGAACAAUAUAAUACAUAAAACAGCUCAUAUGUAAAACCCUGCUUCA